AUUUAUGGGUUUGUCUAGCUAGCUACAUGUGUUUUUAGCAUCAUGCCGCUUAUAGUAAUGUGUGGUUUUCCAUGUAGUGGCAAAACACGAAGAGCGGUGGAAUUAAAGGAAUACUUUGAACAGAAUACAAAGAGAAAGGUUCACAAUGUAGGAGAUGGAACGUUGGGAAUUGAGAAGAACGCUGUAUACGCAGGUAGGCUGAAGUUAGCUGAUUAGCUUGCUACAGUGGUUAGCUAGCUAAACUUAGCUAGCUAGCUCACAAAUAUGCCUUUCAACCACAAGAGGUUGGUGGCACUUUAAUUAGGGAAUACGGGCUCGUGGUAAUGGCUGGAGCGGGAUCAGUGGAAUGGUUUCCAUGUGUUUGAUGCCAUUUGCUCCGUUCCAGACAUUAUUAUGAGCCGUCCUCCCCUCAGCAGCCUCCACUGCCCAACCACUUUGUUCUGGGCAAUGUUGGUGUUGCCAUGCAUGUAGCAGAGAUCGGCAUGUAGCCUACACUGUACUUUCUGUACGGACUGUUCUCGAGGUGUUCUAGCCAUAGCUAGAAAUAUAAUCUCAUUCAUUCUAGUUCUGUGGUUCUAACUUGCUGUUCUAGCAUAGCUAGCUAACGUUACUAGCUGGAUAUUCUGAAGCGGCACCUAAAACAGCGUUUUCCACCACCAUCAACAAAAACAACAAAUAAUGGAAUUUAUUGUGGAAUAAUUGUGUCGCAUCCCUCCAAUAGAAUUCCAGACAGUUGUAGAAUCGAUGCCAAGGUGCAUUGAAGCUGUUCUGGCUUGUGGUGAGCCAACAUCCCACUGCUGGCUUGCCAGUGAAGCUAAAUAGGGUUGGACAUUGCCCCAGGGCAGUAAUUGGGGACAUUGCCCUGUGUAGGGUGCCUUCUUUCGGAUGGUAUGUCAAACAGGUGUCCUGACUCUCUGUGGUCACUAAAAGAUCCCAUGGCACUUGUUAAACCCCGGUGUCCUGGCUAAAUGCCCAAUCUGGCCCUCAUACCAUCAUGGCCACCUAAUCAUCCCCAGAUUCCAAAUGGCUCAUUCAUCCCCCCUCCUCUCCCCUGUAACUAUUCCCCAGGUCGUUGCUGUAAAUGAGAAUGUGUUCUCAGUCAACUUACCUGGUAAAAUAAAUACAAUGUUGGUGUUUCCUUUAUUUUGGCAGUUACCUGUACAUUCUACUGACUGUCUUUGAUUGGCUGUAGUAGCACCCCCCCCUUUCAAUUGACAGGUAUUAUGUUCACGUGCAAGUCGGACCUAGGAAAUUCAGAAAUGUCAGACUUUUUAACUGGUUGAACGCGGCAUGUGUAUAACUAUAUACUGAAUAAAAAUAUAAACGCAACAUUCAACAAUUUCAAAGAUUUUACUAAGUUACAGUUCAUAUAAGGAAAUCAGUCAAUUGUAAUAAAUUCAUUAGGCCCUAAUCUACGUAUUUCACGUGACUGGGAAAACAGAUGUGCAUUUGUUGGUCACAGAUACCUUCAAAAAAAAAAGUAUGGAUGUGACCACCAUUUGCCUCUUGCAGCGCGACACAUCUCCUUCACAUAGAGUUGAUCAGGCUGUUGAUUGUGACCUGUGGAAUGUUGCCCUACUCCUCUUCAAUGGCUGUGCGAAGUUUCUGGAUAUUGGCGGGAACUGGAACACGCUGUCGUACACAUCGAUCCAGAGCAUCCCAAAAGUGCUCAAUGGGUGACAUGUCUAGUGAGUAUACAGGCCAUGGAAGAACUGGGACAUUUUCAGCUUCCAGGAAUUGUGUACAGAUCCUUGUGACAUGGGGCCGUGCAUUAUCAUGCUGAAACAUGAGGUGAUGGCGGCAGAUGAAUGGCACGACAAUGGGCCUCAGGAUCUCAUCACGGUAUCUCUGUGCAUUCAAAUUGCCAUAGAUAAAAUGAAAUUGUGUUCGUUGUCCGUAGCAUAUGCCUGCCCAUACCAUAACCCCACCGCCACCAUAGGGCAAACCGCUCGCCCAUACGACGCCAUACACGCCGUCUGCCUUCUGCCCAGUACAGUUGAUACCGGGAUUCAUCUGUGAAUAACACACUUCCAGUGGCCAUCGAAGGUGAGCAUUUGUCCACUGAAGUUGGUUACGAUGCCGAACUGCAGUCAGGUCAAGACCCUGGUGAGGACAAUGAGCACGCAGAUUAUCUUCCCUGAGAUGGUUUAUGACAGUUUGUGCAGAAUUUCUUCAGUUGUGCAAACCCACAGUUUCAUCAGCUGUCCUUGUGGCUCGUCUCAGACCAUCCCACAGGUGAAGAGCCGGAUGUGGAGGUACUGGGUUGGCGUGGUUACAUGUGAUCUGCGGUUGUGAGGCCGGUUUGACGUACUGCCAAAAUCUCUAAAACAACCUCGGAGGCGGCUUAUGGUAGAGAAAUGAACAUUCAAUUCUCUGGCAGCUCUGGUGGACAUUCCUGCAGUCAGCAUGCCAAUUGCACGCACCCUCAAAACUUGAGACAUCUGUGGCAUUGUGUUGUGUGACAAAACCACACAUUUUAGAGUGGCCUUUUAUUGUCCCCAGCACAAGGUGCACCUGUGUAAUGAUCAUGCUGUUUAAUCAGCUUCUUGAUAUGCCACACCUGUCAGGUGAAUGGAUUAUCUUGGCAAAGGAGAAAUGCUCACUAACUGGGAUGUAACAAAUUUGUGCACAAAAUUUGAGAGAAAUAAGCUUUUUGUGCAUAUGGAACAUUUCUGGGAUCUUUUAUUUCAGCUCAUGAAACAUGGGACCAACACUUGACAUGUUGCGUUUAUAUUUAUGUUCAGUGUACAAGCUGUUAGCAAGUUUGAAAUGUCAGAGUUUCCUAGUUCCGACUAGCACGUGAACGCGGCAUUGGCCAAUAUUGUCCUAUCAAUUCCUCCCCUUAUGUAUUGACAACAGUGUAGCAGUAGCCAAUACAUAGGAUAUUGAUUGGAGUUCCAGCUCACAUAUUAACAUUGUUGAUAUAUGUCACAGAUUCUCAGAAUGAGAAAAAUGUGAGAGGAUCUCUAAGAGCUGAAGCAGAGAGGUGAGUCUACUGCUCAUAGAUUGUGUAACGUUGCCAGAAUCAAAUUUGAUUUGUUUUGAAGUUACAGAUAAGAAUUCCUGACAAUUGUUGCUUUAUUGCAUUAGGAGGAUCAACAAAGAGGAUAUUGUAAUUCUGGAUUCAUUGAACUAUAUCAAAGGUAAAUGUUUUUGUUUUGUUUUUCAUAAUUGAUUUUGAUCAAUAUUGCAAAUAAAAGUGUGUGGGUAGCUGUGGCAGUAAGGUGCCUUCUACGUAUCACCUCACCUAAACGUCUUUAUGUUUGUAUGUUUCUUCUAUUGUAAUCCAUUAGGUUACAGAUAUGAACUUUUUUGUCUGAUCAAACACACACAGACGCCUCACUGUCUGGUAUGUAAUAUGUUGUUGAUGGUAAAUAUGAUUUUAACAGUGGUUGUGCAUGAUUUACCCCUUGGGGUAGACUAGCCGUUAUGGGUGGGUGUAGUUUGCACUCUGUUUCAAAUUUAGGAGCCCCACGGCGUACAGUGCUUAUGUAGUUUAGGUGUACGCCACCAUUCAAAAUAUGCUUUUUUUUAUUCAUGAGAUUUGUGUUCUUGGUGACACUGAGAUUUACCUCUUAAAUGUACCAUAUUUAUUAAUGAAGGUUUACUGUUUGACGUCAGCCGAAGUGAGCUCAACAUGGAACACAGAAAGGGAUGUUGAAGAGCAGUACACCCAGGAGAUGUAAGUAGACCAAGUUACUGUUUACUUUCCCUUGGACCAUUUUUAUUUUGCUCACAGGAUUUAUAAGAGCUAACGACAUUACUGCUCAUUGACCCGCCAUGUUCUCAAUGAGUCAUUGUAUGUCUGAACACCAUAGCCAUCUUCACAUUUAACAAAUGUAGACUACUUUUUGAAAAGGUUUUAAGAUACCAUUGGUGCCUAAUUCUUGCUCAUGUCGUGUUAUUGCCUAAAUUGGCUAAAUUUCAUGUAUUUCAAUUUGGUUUAUUUGGACAUUGACAAAUUGACCAAACAAUUGUCUGAUGCGUUGCACUAUAGUGUUUUCUAGCUUACGCUAAUUUUCAACACCAAUCCCUAAAUAGGUUUUUAUGGAAACAAAAGGAAAGAAAGAAAUGCAUUUACAAUUAAAUUUUAGUCAUUUACAUUAUCACAAUUAUAUAUACAACGCAAAUGUCAUAGGCUACAAUUAGAUGCAUGAGUGAAAUUCCUGCUAAAAUGUCUUCCAUUUGCCAAUGUGACUUGCAGACUCAUGGUCUUUGGUUCUGCUUUUGCUUUCACAGCCUAGAUGCGCUGGUGCUGAGAUUUGAAACUCCAGACUCCAGGAACAGAUGGGACAACCCACUUUUCACCAUUCAGAAAGAAGACACACUUCCAUUUGAAGCCAUCUCUGAUGCCAUCUUCAAAAGGAAAGCACCCCCUCCUAACCAGUCGACACAGAGUGUAAGAAACUAGUUUACAUGCAUAAAUCACAAAGUAAUGUUUCUGCAUGCAGUUGGUAGUUUCAGGUUUUAAGUGAAGUGUUUCAUCCAUCUGUUGCAGCAACCACUGUCAUCUACAAACUUCUUGUAUGAGCUGGACAAAGUCACACAAGAUGUGUUGAUGGUGAGCCUUCAUAUUUAUCAGUAACUUCCUAUAUUGUUUUUUCAAUCCCUGCAUUAGUCACCCCCCUGCUGUUUUCUGCUGUUUCUCUGUUUUUCUUUCAGGAUCAUUUAUUGAAUUGAUUCUUAUAAGCUUUUUUAAUGCAUAACAUUAUUGCUUCAGUUGUGUUAUUAAAUACUGUCUGCAAUGCUGUCUGUCGGAAGAAUGUAUAUUGACUCUUUCUGUUUGUUCUAGGCAAUUCUCAGCUCCCAGAAGACAAGUGUUCCAGGGGAUCUCAUUGCUGUUCCAGGAGCCACAGAAAAGAUAUCCUUUGCCACAUUAUGCAUGUUGCUCACAUAUACCCCCCUCCUCCUAAAAUGUAUUAUUUAUUUGACCGUCUCUCAUGGACUUAUUAUUUUUUAUUUUAAUCACCACCUCACAGCAGUCUAGCACCAACAGGGGUUAAAGUCAUCCUGUAUCAAAUAACUGGACCUCUUAGCAUGGGGCUGUGGAUAAAUGGAUAUCCAUCAAAGGGUAUCUAUCUUUCAUUUGGUGCAUUUGGUGGCGUAGCAACUGAGCCACCAGAAAGGUUUCGCCAUCAAGCACAUAGGAUGUUUGGGACAGGGACCAAAUCAUUGGAAGCAUGGCGACUGGCUUUUAUCAGGAUUCCAAAGCAGACUCAGAAACCAGUACUUUGUUGUUCCCCCUGCAGCUCACUUUGAACAACAUAGCACAGGCUAAGUAGUGCUAGUGGAGUCUUGAACUACAAAAUGUGAGUUGAAUAUUGAUUGUCUUCAGAGAGAUUACGUUUCUUCGCAGCCUUCUGGAAGCAUAAUUCGCCUCUUAAAAUGGUGGUUUUGGGACAUAAAUAGGCCGAAGCCGAAUGUAUUUGAUACCGUAACCUUGCCUUCAGCUCUGACACAACAUCAGAGAAUUCAUGAGUGUUUAUCACUAACUGUGUUUUUCCUUAACCUGAUGUCAAACAUAGAACUGACCAGAAGUCUAAACAUGGCAGAGCUCCGGAAACUACGACGCCAGUUCAUCAGCUACACCAAGAUGCACCCAACAGAGAACAUUGGACACAUUGCUAACAUGUUUGUACAGUAUCUAAACAAGAGUAUACAUUGA